CAAACACAGCGCGUCCGGCAGGGGGUGUCCCCAGGAAGAACCCCCAGGCCCCUCGCUCCUUCCUCCUGGAGGGGAGCCCGGAGCCCAGGAGGGUAUAAAGGCCGGUGGCAGGUGGCAACAGCACUGGGCAACAAGCUUCCUGCCAGGCGCCGACAUGCUGCUGUGGCUGUGCCUGCUGCUGUGGACUGGCUCCUGCUGGGCGGGGGAGAUGUACGGAAAGGGGACAUGGCUGGGCAGCGACUUCUACAUGCCUGAGGACAACCUGAAUGACAUCAAUGCCAUAGAGUUCUACUACAGCGCUAUCGGCAUAUUGAAGGGGUUCAGGGUGAGGAUAGAGUCCUACUGGAGCGAGGUCUACUGCCACGAGGGGCCCAUCAGGCAGCUGCUGACGCUGGAGGAAGGCGAGUACGUGGUUUCCAUCGAGGGCGACUUCAAGAUCUACAUCCUCUCGCUGGUCGUCACCACCAGCUGGGGCCGACGGAUCCCCUUUGGGAGUCGGGAGGGGCACAAGUUCAAAUCUGGGAACCCCCUGACCGGGAAGGUGCUCACCAGUCUGUACGGCCACUGUGGGCCCCUGGGCAUCUCGAAAAUCGGCUUUGGCUGGAACUUCCCUCUGGUCCAGGAGUAUGACUCCAUGACCCCUCCCUCAGAAUCCACCUCUGCCCCAUCUACUACUUCUUAAAGGCCCAUAGGUUUGGGGGCCCGAGUCUGACGACCAAUAAAU